AGUAUUACUGUUGGUAUCUGUAUAUAUGCGCUCCCACUCCAAUACAGUAGGUGGCGCUGACUCCUAUUUACUUGAUGACAUCCGCCAAAAAAACACCGAAGAAGAGUCAAAACCGGAAGCCCGUGUGUUUUUAAGCUCCGGAGAAAAACAGAAAAAUGAACAAACAUGAGGACGAGGGUGAAACUAAAGGCAGUAAAACUCUGCUGGUCCGCCACCUGCCGUCUGAUCUGAGCCCGGACGAAAAGGAAGACCUCCUGAAAUACUUCGGAGCCGAAUCCGUCCGAGUCUUCUCGAACCACGGCCGCAUGAAACAUGCCGCUUUUGCGACGUUUAAAACUGAAACCACCGCACACAAGGCUCUCACCAGGCUCCAUCAGUUGGAGAUCCUGGAUCAGAAGCUUGUGGUGGAGUUUGCUGAAGGCCAGGACAACAUUACAGUGUUAAAGGACCCGCCUGUGUCUGACAGUGCCAAAAAUGUCAAACAAAAGCAGAAGACCAAGGAAAGCCCACAGCCCAACAUUCCACUCAUCGAGACGGGGGUGGCGCCUAAACUUGGGUUAAAGUUUCAGUCCAAUCCCACACUGAAGUAUUUGUACCCGCCCCCCUCCAACAGCAUCCUCACAAACAUCGUCCACGCCCUCAUAAGUGUGCCGAAGCUUUACGUUCAAGUGCUUCAUCUGAUGAACAAAAUGAAUUUACCGUGUCCUUUUGGACCCGUGACGGCCCGGCCGCCCAUGUUCGACACUCUGCCCUUGGCUCCGCCCAUCCCCAUGCCUCCUCCCUUUCCCCCCGACUUCCCUCCCCUACCUGAGGAAGACAUGGAGGUGUCCAGUGAGGAAGAGUCCGAGUAUGAGAGUGAGGAUGAUGAGGACAAAGAGAGGGUGGCUCGUCUGAUGGGCCUGGUCAACCGAGCCUGCAAGAGACCCCUGAGACCGAAAACAGCUUCCAAAAGAAAAAAGCCCAAGAUCAAGGAUCUACUUUAUGCUCCCAAACCAGAGUCUCAGAGUGCUCCAGCGCUGCAGCCCUCCGACGUGUUUGAGCAGCCCAACCCUUCUGGUCCCAAGAAAAUCGAAUUCCACAUUUCACUUCCUGAAGUGGCGGCAGAGGAAGGCAAAGCGGAGCAACAGGAGGGCGUCCCCAGCAGCGCUCGGGAGGAGCCGGCGUCUGAAGGGUUUGGGAAGCUGUACCCCAGCGCUCAGGCUUCCCAGCAGCAGGAGGAGCACGGAGCAGACGGGGACGAUCUCGUGUCUGAUGUCAUCUCCAGGAAGGAGCUGGAGAAAGGACGGCUAGCUAAAGACGAGAUGAAAAGGAUGUCCGUGUUUAAAAAUUAUGAAGCCGGGGAGCCGACCUGCAGACUGUACGUGAAAAACAUCUCAAAGCAAGUAGAGGAGAAGGAUCUGCGGUACAUCUACGGGCGCUACAUCGACCCCUCGUCAGAAGCAGAGAGAAACAUGUUUGACGUGGUGCUGAUGAAGGAGGGCCGGAUGAAGGGGCAGGCCUUCAUCGGACUCCCCAACGAGCAGAGCGCCGAGAAAGCUCUACGUGAAACCAACGGCUUCGUCCUCCACGACAAACCCCUCGUCGUCCAAUUUGCUCGAUCUGCGCGACCCAAACAAGAUAACGCCGAAACCAAGAAGGGUUCAAAGCAGAGGUGAAGUCAGCAGAUACCACGGCCUGAUUUUGUGGCCCAGCAGAACCGUUUGUAUCCUUACUCUCACAUAUCCUUUGGGAAAAGUGAACCCUAAAGACUAAAAGCAGCUUCAUUAAUGGAAAUAAAAUCAACUGUCAUGUUUGUAAAAACCUUUUCUUUGUGCCGUUUUGCAUAACUUUUAAAGUCCUCCCUGUUUGACUGACUUUCAGGUGGUGUUCGGAGACGCUGUAUGUUCAAACAAUAAUAAAUACAUUUUUUAUUUUAAUCGAA